GCCCUAGCACUCCCUUUUAUUCUAUUGUUAAAGUUUUUUGCCAAGAAUUUUUCUAUUAUAUUGUCAUCUGGAAAAAAUCAUCUUUUAUAACUGAAGAUUUUCACACAAUUAAUAAUUUAUUACCUUCUUUCAAAGAUAAUAACAUAACACUCGUCUGUAAUUCUAAUUUAGAAAAUACUAUUAAUGAAAAAUUUGAUGAAUUUGCAAAACAUCAAAUUUCUUUAGAUUUUUGGACAAAUAAUGAAAAUACAAUUAUUGAUUUUUUCUUAAAGAAAAGUUUUACAUUUACUAUAUAA